CUUCGAUUUUCAGGAACACAAUAAAAGUUUUUUUAUUUGUUUAACAUGUAGGAAAAAUUGACGUUGAUAAAUCGCGUGGGAUUGGCUGAAGAGGGGAUUAAACGAAAACGAAGGAGACGGAGAGAGAUCAGAAACGUUGCACGACUCUGAAGAAGGCAAGUGAGAAUGUCUUCGUAUGAGAAUGUUAUUGGUGGGAAACUAAAGCUGAAGGGCAAAGCGUUGGAUGUGAAGGCUGGUGGUAUGAAGAAAAAGAAAAAGAAGCACAGCAAGGCUGUUAGUGAUAAGGUAUCCGAGGUUAUAAGCAAUGAGGCUUUGAGUGGUGGAAAUACUGAUUUAACUGAUCAGUACGAGGAAGAUACGGAUGAUGCCCAAAAAUAUGAUGGAGAUAAAAAUGCUGCCCCCCAUAUCGAGAGCCUUACUCCAGCUGAGAGACGAUAUAUGGAACAAAGGCAGAAAAUUGACGAACACAAGCUGGCUAAGGUGGCCAAUAAAUCACACCGUGACCGUAUUUCAGAUUUUAAUCAGUAUCUAGCAAAUAUGAGCGAGCAUUACGACAUUCCCAAAGUCGGCCCUGGCUAAUUGUCACUUUGUGUGGAAAGGAUACAAGAUGUACUUCAAUGCCAGAGCUUGCAUGGAUUUUCAUCGUAGUAGUUGCUCUAACUGGGAUUUUUCGUAUUUUGCUUAUGUAUCAUGUUGCUUCAUUUUGGUUGUAGCCACAAUUUGCUUCUCUUAAAUUGAACUUGAGUUCAGUUAUUUGUUGUCACUGUGCAGCUGUUGGUGGUCUGUGUAAACUUUUUGUUACCUUGGUUAAACAGCAUGUGGCCAUAUGUUGUGGAUUAUAAAUAUCUACCCAAUAUAUCUUUCUUAUA